AUGUCCUCGGCCAUGCAUCUCAAGCCGACAAAACUCGGCACAAAAUCAUACUGGGACGCCCAGUACACCGAAGAAGUCAUCAAUUACGACGAGUUGGGAGACGAGGGAGAGAUUUGGUUUGGGCAGGAAUCUGUGGAUAAAAUGGUUGACUGGGCUGUAGAAAACGUACCUCCACAUACCUCUUCAGCAUCACCUCCCUUUAUAUUGGACGUCGGUACCGGGAAUGGCAUCCUCUGCCUCUCACUUGUCGAAGCAGGAUACGACCCACACACAAUCGUCGGCAUUGAUUACAGCGAAGGCUCUGUCGAACUCUCCAAGCGUGUAGCAAAAGGCAGAAACGUCGACGGUCUCACCUUUGAACUGGUCGAUUUUAUUCAUAGUCGGCCAACGCCACUUUCGACUCAGCUGAAUGGGCUCUGGGACUUGAUACUAGACAAGGGUACAUUUGACGCCAUUGCACUAUAUGGGACCCAAGAAGCCAACGAGCAGCAUCCAAUCGAUAUAUACCCAGAGCGUGUCGAAGCGCUAUUGCCCACAGGAGGGUUCUUCCUCAUCACCUCGUGCAACUUUACCGAAGAGGAAAUCAAAACUCACUUUACGACAAAGGCCCCUACCCUCAAGUAUCACUCCCGCAUCCAACAUCCGACCUUUACGUUUGCAGGCAAGUCGGGCUCACUAUGCUGUUCUGUAGCAUUUCGAAAAGAGUAG